UUUUUUUUCAUCGUCAGUUACUUUCACUGUAUCAUAUAAUUUUCCGGAUUGUCUGAAAAUGGCAAAUUUCGCAUAUUUGCGUCUAUAUUUAACAAUUAUUCUUAGUUUUGCAGUCCAAACAAGUGGAAAUAUAGGAAAAUGUGUCCUGUCCUCAGCGCCGCCAAGUUGGCUCAGCACAAAUGGCACUGGCAUUCUCGAGUACGCAACUGCAGGUCAUCCAACAAAUGGGACAAGUUUUUGCAUAGAGGGUAACCACGAUCAAAAAACUGCCCACGUUGCAUAUCAUAUCGACUUGGGAAGUGAAGUAUUGGCUCCCGAAUCAGUGGAGCACUCAUUUUCAGAAAACUUGGGCUCCCAGAAUGGAUGUGUGAACAAUAAUACUGGAGUAGUGUACUGCUUCGCAAUUUGUUUGAAUGAAACUUUGCAGAAUAUGGUCAUCGAAUCUGCGCUUAAAUCAAAUCAACCGUCAGUUGUGGCUCAGGAUAUUCAAAAAACCACUCAACUAGAUUGGGCGAUUACUGUACUCCAAGUUGGGCAAAUUCUGUGAACCAUAUUCCUACUGUAUCUCUACCGUACCCCUUGAGUACCAGGGCUGGGACCAAAAAAAAAUUUUGGACCAAAAAAAAAAAAAAAACAAAAAAUUGAAGUUUUUAAAAAACCAAAAAAUAUAAAAAAACAAAAAACUGAAACUUUCGAAAAACCAAAAAAAAAAACCGAAAAAUUCCAAGCCCUGUUGCGUACCCCUACCGUACCGUACUGUAUCUUUUCUUAUUGCACCCCUACAGUCUCACUAUCAGUACAGUACCCGGUCAUUUGGGUCUCGUAACGAAUAACUUGCAGGUCGAUUACAACGAUCCGAACACCCAUCUGAAUGCCAGUGUAUUCUUGGUUGAGGACGCCUGGUGCAGUGUUUAUGUUGGGAUUCGUCCAAAAUUGGGAUUCGACUGGUUGUACGAAAUUCAAUUGGGAAAGGUUUUGUGAAUUAAUGCAUUUUUUUCAAUUUUUUCCCAAUUCAUGUAAUAAACUUUAAACGCAGU